AUGGUCAGUCCAACCUUUUUCUGUUUCGUGAACUGUUAUGUGUAACGGUGGUCGGAAAAUGGAAAAUUGGAUCGGAUUUUUCAACAUCUAGUCAUAAAAUAGAAAAUUAAGGCCAGUUCUACUGAAAGCAACUGUUUUCCGGUUCUUACCCAACGCACAUAUAAUUUCCCUCAGUUGUGAAUCUUGUGAUCCUCAGCAGGCCCAAGUUCAAUACAAAGAGAAACUCUGUUUUCGUUUUGCCAUCAGAUCAGAAUGUCUGAAACAUAAAGAGAAACUUCAUUGUUUCUAGCCGUCGAUUAUCUAGGAAAAGACACAACAAAAAGCGCGCCAAUUCAACGAAAAAACCCUCACCUCCUCCUCCUCCUCCUCCACCACAACCUCCACCACCAUGGGCAAACAAAAACAACAAAUAAUUUCCCGUUUUUUCGCUCCCAAAUCCAAACCCACCACCACUAGUCCAUCACCAUCACCACCACAAACAGCCCCUUCAUCCUCCUCCUCUCCAAAAAUCACAACAACAGUCGCCUUCUCUCCAUCAAAACGCAAUCUUCUUUCUACUCGCAUAACUUCCACACCAAAAAGACCUAAACUUUCACCUCACACACAAAACCCGCUUCCCUCUUUACACAAAAAAUUCGUCGACAAACUCUUAGAACCUCAAACCCCUCAAACCCCACAACCUCAAAACACUCAAAACACUCAAAAGUUCACUCCUCUAGAACAACAAGUAGUUGACUUGAAACAAAGGUACCCCGAUGUUCUUUUAAUGAUUGAAGUUGGUUACAAGUUUCGAUUUUUCGGUGAAGACGCCGAGAUUGCUGCUAGAGUUUUAGGUAUUUAUGCACAUAAAGAUCAUAACUUUAUGACCGCUAGUGUUCCAACUUUCCGAUUAAAUGUCCAUGUGAGAAGGUUAGUCAGUGAAGGUUAUAAAGUUGGGGUUGUUAAACAGACUGAGACUGCGGCUAUUAAGGCACAUGGAGAGAAUAAAAGUGGGCCAUUUUGUAGAGGCUUAUCGGCAUUGUAUACGAAAGCUACCUUGGAGGCUGCGGAGAAUGUGGGAGGGGAAGAGGAGGAGUGUGGUGGUGAGAGUAAUUAUUUGUGUUGUGUAGUGGAGAAGGGUUUGGACUGUGGGGUUGAGGGUGGGGUUUUUGAUGUGAGAGUUGGUGUUGUUGCGGUUGAGAUUUCCACAGGGGAUGUUGUUUAUGGAGAGUUUAAUGAUGGGUUUAUGAGGAGUGGGCUGGAAGCUUUUGUUUUGAGCCUUGCUCCUGCUGAAUUGCUUCUUGGUGAUCCACUUUCGAAACAAACAGAGAAGUUGCUACUGGCAUAUUCUGGACCUUCCUCAAAUGUUCGUGUGGAGCGUGUCUCGCGAGAUUGUUUCAGUGAUGGUGGUGCACUUGCUGAUGUGAUGUCUUUAUAUGAGAAUAUGAUUGAAGAUAAUCUAGGAGACAAUGAAAAGCAAAUGACAGAUGCCAAAGAACAGGGGUCUUGUCACCUAGCAAUUGAGGGAGUAAUAAAAAUGCCUGAUUUGGCUGUGGAAGCAUUGGCCUUAACUGUUCGCCACCUGAAACAAUUUGGAUUUGAUAGAAUGUUAUGCCUUGGAGCAUCUUUUCGGCCCUUCUCAAGCAACAUGGAGAUGAAUCUUUCAGCCAAUACACUCCAGCAAUUAGAGGUUUUGAGAAAUAACUCAGAUGGGUCUGAGUCUGGUUCCUUGCUGCAUAUCAUGAAUCAUACUCUUACAAUAUAUGGUUCAAGGCUACUCAGACAUUGGGUGACUCACCCUUUAUGUGAUAGAAACAUGAUAUCCGCUCGUCUUGAUGCUGUUUCUGAGAUUGCAGAAUGCAUGGGAUUCAGUAAAGAUUCUCAGCGUGUAAGCGAACUUGAUGAGGAUGAUUCUGAAGUAGCAAUUGUACAACCUGACUUGUAUUAUCUGCUUUCUGCUGUUUUGACUGCUUUGGGAAGAUCACCUGAUAUUGAACGUGGAAUAACAAGAAUUUUCCAUCGGACUGCAACUGCAUCUGAAUUUAUUGCAGUUUUUCAAGCUAUAUUAGCUGCUGGAAAACAACUUAAGCGACUUUGCAUUCAAGAGGAGCAUAAUUAUGACGGAGUGGGAUCAAAGACUGUGAAGUCAGUUCUUUUGAAAAGAUUGAUUUUGGCUGCUUCUUCCUCAAGUGUAGUUGGUAAUGCUGCAAAACUAUUGUCUACUCUAAACAAAGAAGCAGCUGAGCAAGGUGACCUGACAAACUUGAUCAUUAUUUCUGAUGACCAAUUUCCAGAGGUUGCAAGAGCUCGGGAAGCUGUUCAAUUUGCAAAGGAGAAAUUGGAUUCUUUAAUUGGUUUGUAUCGCAAGCAACUUCAGAUGCGCAACUUGGAAUUCAUGAGUGUGUCUGGAACCACACAUCUGAUAGAGUUGCCCUUGGAUUUCAAAGUUCCAUUAAAUUGGGUCAAGGUAAACAGUACCAAGAAAAUGAUUCGGUAUCACCCGCCUGAAGUUUUGACUGCCUUAGACCAGCUAUUACUCGCUAACGAGGAGCUCAUGAUUGUCUCCCGAGCUGCCUGGGAUAGCUUUCUAAGGGGUUUUGGUAUAUAUUAUGCUGAGUUCCGAGGUGCUGUUCAAGCUCUUGCCACUUUGGAUUGUUUGUUCUCGUUUGCUACUCUUUUGAAAAAUAAGAAUUAUGUCCGGCCCAUGUUUGUGGAUGACAGUGAACCUCUUCAGAUAAACAUUUGCUCUGGUCGCCAUCCUGUCUUGGAGACAAUUUUACAAGACAAUUUUGUCCCGAAUGACACAAACUUGUGUGCAGAUAAAGAGUAUUGCCAGAUUGUUACUGGACCCAAUAUGGGAGGAAAAAGUUGCUACAUUCGCCAAGUUGCUCUUAUUGCCUUGAUGGCUCAGGUUGGUUCCUUUGUACCAGCAUUGUCAGCAAAACUGCAUGUGUUAGAUGGCAUCUACACCCGAAUGGGGGCUUCUGACAGUAUUCAACAAGGGAGAAGUACCUUUCUAGAAGAGCUGAGUGAGGCUUCUCAUAUACUCCACAAAUGCACAGCGCAGUCACUGGUAAUCAUUGAUGAGCUUGGUAGAGGCACAAGCACAUAUGAUGGUGAAGCUAUUGCUUAUGCUACAUUAUACCAUCUACUGGAUCAGAAAAGAUGCAUGGUCUUAUUUGUAACCCACUACCCUAAAAUUGUUGAGAUUAAAACUGAAUUUCCAGGCUCUGUGGGGGCAUACCAUGUUUCAUAUUUGACCUCAGAAAAAAGCGAGGGUGCCAUUGAGUCAACAUGUGAUACUGAAGAUGUCACUUACCUUUAUAAGCUGGUGCCCGGUGUUUCAGAGAAGAGUUUUGGAUUUAAGGUUGCUCAACUUGCUGAGCUACCUCCAUCAUGUAUCAGAAGGGCCACUAUCAUGGCUGCAAGGCUGGAAGCUGUGUUAAGCAGCAGAUUGGGAAAUGAACAGUUGCUGGAAACUCUGCCAGUUCAGCAACAAGAAGAAGCACAGGAGAAUAUGUUGAGAUCUGAUGUCAGAAUCGAGAAGUCUGAAGACUCAACUGUUGCUUACAGGGAAUUCUUUUCAAACUUAAAGUCUGCAAUGUUUGAUGAUGAUGUUGCAAGAAGCUCCCAGUUUUUGGAGAAAGCGAGGAGCAUCGCAAAGGAAUUCUUAGCGAAGUAAAGAUGGAAUUAGCUAACCUCUUUUUUCUCUCUCCCUUUCUCCAUUCUUGAGAACACAACCUCAUUUGCCAGUUUGUACCAGAUUCCGGGACGACUCCUUGUACCACCCUGUUCCUGGCAAUAGCAUUGUUCUUGAAAUUUUCACUUUGGUUAAGUGCAGUUGCAUUGGUAACCAGAUAAUGCGUUUACACGUGAUGCUGCAAUCAGCGUUGGCUUGUGGUUUUCUUGAUAAAUGGUAGAUUCUGAGAGCCAGAUAGCAUGCACAGUAUGUGAUGCAGCAAUUAGUGAUGGCUGCAGAGUUGAAACUGUGAAUUUCUUGCGUUGUGUAAAAGGAAUUUUGUAUGUUUUGAUAGUCUACGUUUUUUUAACGAAAAUUGAAAGUGUAACCACAUUGGUCA